AUGGAUCCGCUCGUGGAGCAGAUGAACAGCAUCAGCCUGUCUGAUAGGCUCGCAGACGCUCACAGAGAAUCCAUCCGACUUCGAAGACACUCCGAAACUGGCGACUCAACCACGACCGCUAUCCCGCUAUCUUCGGAGCCUAUCGUCGUUAGAAGCAAAGAUGGCUCUAGAUGGCUUCCUGCACCAGAAGAACGAACGUGUCGAUAUGGCGGCCCAGCAAACGACUCGGCAGUUAUCAACGACACGGAACAUGUCUCGAAUGCCGAGAGUGUAGUCUUGCCUCAUGCUUGCUAUGCCACCGAAUGUGCUGUGGCAAAGGUAUCGGCCACGAUCGAAUUACUCGAAUUGAUCAUAACCUAUUUGCCAACGAAGGACAUCAUGGAACAGCGUCGAACAUGUCAGAGGUGGAGGGAGACUAUCGCGACUUCUCCCGAGCUGCGACUUCAUUUCUUCUACUAUCCACGCUUCUGUCAACCACCUUCCACAUUCGAGCUUCUCCCACUCAGCUUCCCAGGUUUGUCCAUCGAGCUCGGUGAAGAGCUACAUCUUGGCCGCUGGAUAAUAGUGCGCUUGACACUCGGCGCGGCUAGAGCAAUAUCUCCUUAUCGGCCGGGCAAGCGCGUGAGAUCACGUUCGAUAUUCGAAGGUCUACGAGGUGGUCUUGGCUCACGAGCCUCUGGACCUAGCGACAGCAGUUGGCCACGGCCCGAGCCCACAGUAGCUGCUGGGACGAGUCGUCUACAGUACAAAGAUCUCUUCAUCACUCAGCCACCAAUAGUCGGUGUACAGGCUUUCACACCUCCAGUAGAUCAUCAGGGACCUGGUGACGGUGACCUUCCGGAGAGCUGGGAAGAUGAUGAGGAAGACGAAAUUCCUCCCGUACCAACCGCAAAGAUGUCCUGCGAUGCGGGAAUCACGCUUGGCUUUCUGGCCGAGACAACACAGUCACUACUCGUGUCUACAGCUGGAGCAGAAGAUGAUACUGUCGUGAUAUUUAAGGCCGUCGUGUCGUUCUGUCGAUCAGAGAGUGCUAUUAGGAAACGCAGCACUGCUCGGCAGGUCACGCGGAUUGCGUAG